CUGAGGGAGAAGGGCUGAAGCAAUUUAAGCAAAUCUUAUUGGCGAAGAAGUCUCAUGUAUUGACUUUUUUUUUUUUAAAGAGCCGUUUCCUUUCAGUUUUAAUCAUAUCACUGUCUGCAAGGCAACAACCCUCUUUCAAUCUGGAUAAUAGCUGCAAGUUUCUGUAUUUCUAAUUUAGAGGUGUAUUUUCAUCAAUGCAAAAGAGAUGGUUGAAGAGCUAGUUUAACUUUAAAAUGUUCUACUUAGAAGAAGAUAAUGAUGAGGAAGAGAAGGAGAAUGCUAAUAAUGAAGGCAAAUUAAAUAAACCUGAAAAUGUUUUUCUUGGAAAAGCCCCUUCUCGUAUCCUGUCUCAAACCAUGAAUUAUGUGGGGCAGCUGGCUGGGCAAGUCAUUGUCACUGUGAAGGAGCUAUACAAGGGCAUUAACCAAGCCACCCUUUCUGGAUGCAUUGAUGUCAUUGUGGUCCGGCAGCAGGAUGGCACCUAUCAGUGUUCUCCAUUUCACGUUCGUUUCGGGAAGCUUGGAGUCCUCAGAUCAAAGGAAAAAGUGAUUGACAUAGAGAUCAAUGGUGAUGCUGUGGAUCUUCACAUGAAGCUGGGGGACAAUGGAGAAGCCUUCUUUGUCGAGGAGACUGAAGAGGAAUAUGAAAAACUUCCUGCCUACUUGGCUACCUCACCAAUACCUACUGAAGAUCAGUUCUUUAAAGAUAUUGAGACUCAUUUGAUUAAGUCAGGCGGAAAUGAAAGGAUGUGUCAGAGUGCGGAAAUCUCACACCUAAUGGAGACAGAGACCGUUUUCAACCCAGGUUCUGUGAAGAAGAAAAAACGGCGGAAAAAGAAGUAUAAGCAAGACAAGAAGGAAGAUCAGACCUCUUCUCCUGGAAUGGAGGGCACCUUUGACAUAGACAUAAGCUCUGAUGAUGAAAAAGGAGCCCAACCUAUGAGAGGGACUUCAACUGCUACAAUGAAGGAGGAAGACUAUAAGGAACCUUUGAUCUUCCAUUCCAGUGAUCAUUAUCCAUUGUCUGAUGGAGAUUGGUCCCCUUUGGACAACGCCUUCUCCCAGACUGUCUGUCCUAAGAGUGAUUCAGAGCUGGAAGUAAAACCUGCUGAAAGCUUGCUCCGAUCGGAAUCUCACAUGGAGUGGACCUGGGGAGGUUUCCCAGAGUCUACCAAGAUCAGCAAGAAAGAGAGAAUAGAUCACCCUCGAACAGCUACCAUCACACCAUCAGAAAAUACGCAUUUUAGGGUCAUCCCCAACGAUGAUAACCUGGUGAAUGAAGUUGAGGAAGAUGCUUCAGUGGAAGACACUGUGUGUACAAUAGUAAAACCAAAGCCAAGGGCACUCUGUACACAAAUGAGGGAGACGGCUGAGAUGACUUCUGUUGCUUCUGCAAUCCUUGAACCUCCUCUCGAAAGCCCACAGGUUUUAUCUAUGUUAGAUGCAGAUCCUCUCCCUAACCCAUCAGUGGAGCCUUCAUCAUCAGAAAUAAAGCCAAUCACUAAACUGGAUUCCCCAUCAAAGAAGAAAGGUGUCCACAAAAGAAGCCAGCACCAGGGGCCUGAUGAUAUUUACCUAGAUGACCUAAAAGUCUUGGAGCCUGAAGUCGCAGCUCUCUAUUUCCCCAAAAGUGAUUCUGAUCCAGGUUCUAGACAGUGGACUGAGUCUGACACUUUGUCUGGCUCUCAGUCUCCACAGUCGGUGGGAAGUGCAGCUGCUGACAGUGGCACGGAAUGCCUCUCUGAUUCUGCAAUGGACUUGCCUGAUGUGACCCUCUCACUUUGUGGGGGCCUCAGUGAAAAUGGAGAGAUAUCAAAAGAAAAAUUCAUGGAGCAUAUCAUUACUUACCAUGAGUUUGCAGAAAACCCUGGACUUAUAGAUAAUCCUAAUCUAGUGAUACGGAUCUAUAACCGGUACUAUAACUGGGCCUUGGCUGCUCCCAUGAUCCUAAGCUUGCAGGUGUUCCAGAAGAGCUUGCCUAAGGCUACGGUUGAGUCCUGGGUCAAAGAUAAGAUGCCAAAGAAGUCUGGGAGAUGGUGGUUCUGGCGCAAAAAGGAGAAUAUGGCCAAACAGCCACCAGAGGCCAAAGAAGGAAAAUCUGAGGUACCACAAGCAAGUGACUUGCCAAUGAAUGCAAAAGAACAAGCAAAUAUGAGGCCAACUGAAAAUGAUUCAUCUAGUGAUGAGGACUCCCAGGAGCUUAAAGAGUCCCUCAAAAUUGAUCCUGUCCCAGUAGAACACUUGAGCCACGGAAGCACUACUUCUUAUAAGAAGUCACUUAGACUUUCUUCAGACCAAAUCGCAAAACUGAAUCUCCAAGAUGGCCCCAAUGACGUCGUGUUUAGCAUCACAACCCAGUAUCAAGGUACCUGUCGCUGCGCAGGAACCAUCUACCUGUGGAACUGGAAUGACAAGAUCAUCAUUUCAGAUAUCGAUGGAACAAUAACCAAGUCUGAUGCUUUAGGGCAGAUUCUCCCACAACUAGGCAAAGACUGGACUCAUCAGGGCAUAGCAAAACUCUACCAUUCCAUCAAUGAGAACGGGUACAAAUUUCUGUAUUGCUCAGCUCGUGCCAUUGGGAUGGCUGACAUGACACGAGGGUACCUGCACUGGGUCAAUGACAAGGGCACCAUCCUUCCCAGGGGGCCUUUGAUGUUGUCUCCUAGCAGCUUGUUCUCUGCUUUUCAUAGGGAAGUGAUAGAGAAGAAACCUGAGAAGUUCAAAAUUGAGUGUUUGAAUGAUAUCAAGAAUCUGUUUGCUCCAAGUAAAGAACCUUUUUAUGCUGCUUUUGGAAAUCGGCCAAAUGAUGUGUAUGCCUACACGCAAGUUGGGGUUCCGGAUUGUAGAAUAUUCACAGUGAAUCCCAAAGGAGAAUUAAUACAGGAACGGACCAAAGGGAACAAGUCAUCGUAUCACAGGCUGAGUGAACUUGUAGAACACGUGUUCCCACUCCUCAACAAAGAACAGAAUUCUGCUUUUUCCUGCCCAGAAUUCAGUUCCUUUUGCUACUGGCGAGACCCGAUCCCAACGGUGAACAUGGAUGACCUGGCUUGAAUGUCGCCACCCCUUCAGGAAAAGGGGUCUGCUCUUCAGAUGCUCAGGCUCAGUGUGAAGAGUGAAAAGCACUUCUGAUACGGGGGCACAUUCAUCUUACCUUAGAUCCAUAGGUGUUGAGGCACAAACUAUCCAGAGCGGGGAAAGGCGCAGUUGCCUUUUUCGCUUUACUCUCCUGGCUUGACUUGGGGAUUGAUUGUAUCUGGAACUUAACACUGCCAGAGCCCGCGGUACUGGAAGGUAGAGUGAAGAUGAAGCAUUAGCCUUAAGUUUGUAGUCCUAUGCUUCUCUUGUUGGAGACCUUUUGUAUUUGAUGGUUUAUUUUCAUUUUUUCCCUUUUCUUCCCCUUUUAAUUGCUGUAGUUUAAAAGGUGGAAAGGAGAAGCCAAAAAAAAAAAGUGCACCAAAAGUUCUGGAAAGUAGAUUGGAGUAGUCCCCAUGCAGGCACUUUGGGUUUAGUGUUUCCAUAUAUUACCAGGGUAUUUUCAGAGGAUUAGUUGUUCGGUUAACUGUUACAAGGGCCAAUUAAUAAUGUAGGUACAAAAUCUGUAUAUAUCUGUUCUUAAAAUUUUUACUCAGAAAAUACGAAAGAAUAGCUGCUUAGAUGUACAAAUAGUGUUUUUCAUAUGUACAGCAAUAUUGGCACUCAUUAAGCAGACCCCCUUUACUUAUGAAUAUACUGAAACUUUGUCUUUUUUUUUUUUUUUCAUUACAUUGAGUAAUGACAUCCUCCCUUCCCCUCUUCCCCAACCACUACCACAUACAUACAACCCCCUUUAAAUAAGCAGGUCUUAUUUGAGCCUUAAUGUAAGAAGUGGUUUUCUUACAUUAAAACAUUGUGAGCUUUUAGGGAAGACAUUUUGUGAUUGGCUUUUUUGUUUGUUUUGUUUUUUCUGUAAUUGCCCUAGGCUGAGGCCUUUUUGUAGUUCCAGCUCAGACUUAGCCAAGAGAGACAAAUCACACCUGUGCUCAUUUGUUUUACACAAUCAAUUUCAAGUAAUGGGAAUCUCGGUUGAGAAUUUGUGGGCCAGUCAAGUACAUGCAAGUGCACGUGGUUCCAGAAGUUCCUAUGAGUGCAUUCUCAGAACCCCAGUUGGCACUUGUUGGCCAUACUUUUCUCUUGCCCGUGUUCGUGUCAGGUGAUCUCCCACCCAGGCGAACUGUUUCUGGGCAUCACCGUUGGUGUUCACUUCAGAAGGCUCAUUCUCUUGGGGGUGUUGAUUGGAUCUGUUAAGCAGUGUCCUCCUGUUUUCCACUCUGGGUCUCCCUUUGUGGUUUCAGUGCAAAGAUCAGCAGUGUUCAGGUGAGCAGUUUAAUCUGGUCUCAUGACAAAGCCAAGAGAAGUUGAGAGGUAGUUUUUGGUUUUGGGGAGGGGGAGAGGGAUGUAUCUCACUUUGGAUUAUCUAUCCCUGAGGAAAAGCUCCAGGACAAUCAUUUAGAGUCCCCAUGUUUGCAGCGUUGCAAGUCUAGGUUCAAUACAGACAAAUCGGUAUGUGCAGAUUUGGGGUGUGUUCCAUUGGUAGAAAGGUGGAAGGCACAAAAUGGUUUUAUGGGGUAUCUAUAGUGAAGGUAGAAAAAUUAAAUUUGCAGACUUAAAAUUGAGGUACUUUUACCAGAAAAUCAAUAGCAGGAUUUCCCAGUAUAAUUGAAAAUUGCAGAUAAUUGCUGUUGUAUCUCUUGCCACCAGGUGGUCUACAUAUCCAAAUGGAUGGCACCAUGUCACAAACAAGUUCAGAGGUUUUGUACUGUAAGCUAUUUUCAGGAUCCAGGUUGGAUACUCAUCCACGGAUGGACAUCUCUUUUGGAAGGACUGUUCCUUUGGUGUCUAUUCUAGGGAACUAGCAGAGAAGAAGUUUGGGGUGGACUGAAGAACACUCUGAACUGAGAUGGCAGUGGCCCAACAUGGGGACCACUUAGGCUAGUCAAACUGCAUUCUAAUUGAUCUUUCUGUUCUGACCUAGUUCCUUCCGGGAGCUAUUUUGAAUGAGAAGCAUUCUCAGUUUUGACCUGCCUUUCCCAUAGUGUGAAAAUAUUGAUCCAGAAAUGGGCUAGAGAGAUAGGCAGAUAUGGCCAGUCCUCUGGGUCAGCAUGACUGGGAAUUCUCUUUGUGUCUUAGCUGUUGACCCUGGUUGGUUUGCGUCGAUAUGGAGCACACUUCAAAUGCAAGGGUGGGGGGGGAAACUUGAAAUGCCUUGGAUGAUUUUCAGUGGCAAAACUGAAGAGUCAGGUGCUCCCAAAUAAGGGGCAAAAGAAUUUCUAGUUAAAACAUCUCACCUUCAGUGGUUCAGAAUGACUGAUUAUUUAGGUGAGUCAAUUGAAGUAUUUAUCCAUAUUAAAUUAGGGAAAGUAGAUUAUAUUUAUGAAGUUCUAGCUAUCUAGUGAAUUAAAAUCAUAGUAGAGUGUGUGUGUAUAUAUGUAUGUAUGUAUGCACAUGCAUACAUACAUGCAUAUACAUACAUGCAUAUAUAUAUAGAUAGAUAACUUUAUUUUCAUAAAUGCCAUAGCAUGUCAUCUAUAAAGCUUGUGCUUGUGAGCUCUACUCACCUAACCUCCAAAUGUAAGGGUGUUUUGGCUUUUUUUAUACAUGAGGUACAAAAGAUUUCUGAAUUUACCCACCCCUUCUUAUGUCCUCCUUCAAAGGAGAUGCAGCCUUUUAAGAGUUUGAUGGUUUUAUUUCUCUUUGAACAGUCUUCUCAUUGGACACAUAGGCCUUUUCGGAUCCAGCCUGGGAAUUGGAUUCUUACCUCUAUGUGAUUGCUGUGACUCUACUCUUUUGUGUUAGUGUCCAUAAGAAGUAGGCUUUAACGUGGCCCACUUGUUGCUUUGUGCUGCAGUCUGAUUCAGUGGCUCUAUGUAUGCUAAUUAACAAGUUAUUCUCUUUCCUUAUUUAAAAAAAGAAGUCUCUCUUACUGGAAGUAGGUGAUUUGCUCUGAUGAUAGUGUUAUUGAAGUAUUAAGUUUGUGCUAAAAUCCCAUUGCCAUUUGGUACAAAUGACUUUUGUUCUUUCUGUGAAAGAGGUGAAAUUGAGUGUGUUUGUACACCAACCCUUAAGAUGGUGUGUUAAUGAAGAUAUGUUAAUCCCACUUAUUUGAAGUCAUGUGAGAAUCUGUAUGUUUCAGCAGUAAUGGGAGAUAUUAAGAAAUGUCGGAGUGCAGAUUUGAUGAGUCUUCCUGCACACUCUCCUUAUCUUCAGUGAUUCAAUAGCUUGAAUUUCCUUUAAAAAGAAUAAAAUCAGUCUUAUUAACUUUACCAAUUGCUUUUAUAUCCAUGUGCUUUGAGCUUGUACUUCUUCCAAAUGUAAGAUUUGUCAAUUGUUGAUCAGACUGUCAUAGAAGUGCAGAUACGAUGGUCCCAGAGCAUGCAGAUUUAGCCCUUUCAAAUCCUUUUACUGUGUUUAGAUGUUCUAUUUCCAUAGUUUUCAACUGGGGGGAAUCUGUUGCUGUUCAAAUGACUGAAAGUGACUGCUAAUUUGUAUGGAGCUUCAGGAAAAGUCUGGGCUGUUGGUCCAGUCUCUGAAGACACUUCACCAUUCUGAGCCUCACUGCACCUUCAAGGACCCCUGAAGAGUCCUAUAGGAAAGGUGCACUUCAGAUUUAAAAAAAAACAAAAAGCUUAUAAAGCAAGUUCCUUCUCUUAUUGAAAGAUGGUAUAAGAAAUAUUAGCAGCUUUGAAGUGAUACGUACUUUGCGCUGUGAAGCUUGAGUUUCCUGUGUUCGGUUCUGCUUUGUUGGGUGAAACUGGUUCAAAACUUAAUUUUUCUUAGAAACAAGAAGAAAACUAUGAUUGUUGGUUUGUUUUGAAGGUGUAUGAAGAGAGGACUUUUCGGUGCUUUUGAUUAAUUAAGUUGAGAUUAUGGUGAAGUAUUAGAUUAUUGGACAGCAAAGACACUAAUGGGCUUGUUUUUUUAAGUUGUUAAACUUGAUCUGAGCAUCAGUAGGAUACUUUGGGUUUGGUAAAGAGACUGCAUUAUCUUGGUAAAUGGCUCACAUUUUGGUGCAAUGUUUGAUGUUCAAAACAAAAUGUUCUGAUAAUAAACAAAUGUAAACUAAA